UGACCGGAAAGGAAACAUUUCGGAACUACAUAAGAGUUUCACUUCAAAUCGAAUCAAAACUUUUUAUUAGUACGAGUAGCAGUUAAAGCUAAAUUUUAAGUAACAGGAUCAGCCGAUAUUCAAUACCAAAUUACAAAUUACUAAAUUUGCAAAAUUAUUUUUGGAGGUUUUGUUUACUGACUCACAAAAAGGAAAACUGCAAAUUCGUAAGGAUAAUUAUUGGUGGCGAUAGAACAACUCAACUCAAAAAAAGUAAAAAAAAACUCGAAAAGCAGAAUCGCAAAUCAUUUUUAUACCUCAAACACUUUAACCUAAGGACAAAUUGUAUAUUGUACUUAAGUGUUCAGAUUUAAGUUAGCAUCUACGACACUGCGUUAGUUUAUUGUUGCGCAUAGGUAACUGUAAAAGCUUAAGAAGUUGUAUAGCUGAAAACCAAGUAGCUCCAAGCAUCUAUACAGCCAACACAAUCCCAAAUCCGUGCUGCUUAAUUCGUACAUCCCCAAGGCUUCAUCAAGGCGCUUCCGAAAAUUCACUAUUCAAUAGCAAGCAAUCAAGCCUGCGAAGCACCACUCGCAACCAUAGUUACCCUCAGUUACCAUAAACUCCGCCGCCACGUUUACUACAGACACAAUAGAACCCUUCAAUAUGACAAUGAGUACAAAUAAUUGUGAAAGUAUGGCGUCAUACUUUUCCAAUUCCUAUAUGGGGCCCGAAAUGCACCAUGGUCACUAUCCGGGCAAUGGUGUCACCGAUCUCGAUGCACAACAAAUGCAUCACUACAGUCAGCAUCCAAAUAAUCAAGGCAAUAUGCCUUAUCCGCGUUUCCCGCCCUACGAUCGCAUGCCCUACUACAAUGGCCAAAGUAUGGAUCACCAAGGUUAUUCGCGGCCCGAUAGUCCCUCCAGUCAGGUGGGUAUGCCACAACAGCCCCAAGUGAAUGGUAGCCCACUGCUUCAGCAACAACAGCAACCCCAGCAGCAAGUGACGCAGCAACAGGCGCAGCAGGUGACGCAACAGCCACAGUCGGCGCCUCAGCAUCAACAGCAUCCGCAAGUGACGCAACAGGUGACACAUCCAGCCCAACAGCAACAGCCUGUUGUCUAUGCCAGCUGUAAAUUGCAAGCAGCCGUGGGUGGACUUGGUAUGGUGCACGAAGGCGGCUCACCACCCUUAGUCGAUCAAAUGGGUGGACAUCACAUGAACGCGCAAAUGACACUGCCGCAUCAUAUGGGACACCCUCAAGCACAGUUGGGUUACAACGAUGUCGGAGUUCCAGAUGUUAAUGAGGUUCAUCAAAACCACCAUCAGAUGAGUAUGUACGGUCAACAACAGACCGGCGUUCCAACCGUUGGCGGUCCACCCCAAUCGAUGAUGCAUCAAGCGCAAGGACCACCUCAAAUGCAUCAGGGACAUCCCGGACAACAUACACCACCAUCGCAAAAUCCAAAUUCGCAGUCAUCAGGGAUGCCAUCACCUUUGUAUCCCUGGAUGCGCAGUCAAUUUGAACGCAAACGUGGCCGCCAGACAUACACCCGUUACCAAACGUUGGAGCUGGAGAAAGAGUUUCAUUUCAAUCGCUAUUUGACUCGACGACGACGCAUUGAGAUUGCCCAUGCGCUGUGUCUCACGGAGCGACAGAUAAAGAUCUGGUUUCAGAAUCGACGAAUGAAGUGGAAAAAGGAGAAUAAAACGAAGGGCGAACCAGGCUCGGGUGGUGAGGGUGAUGAGAUCACACCGCCAAAUAGUCCGCAAUAAGGCGUUUAUUAAGAGGGAAACUGACGAGUCGCGCUUUAUCCACUUCCAUAAGGGGACGUGAAAAACUGCACUAACAACUUUAAGUAGGGUCUCAGUCCUUCAUGUGGCGAAGUGGCAUCCAAAGGAAAAUUAUCAUAUUCAGAUUAAUGAAUGUAUGAAUGAUUGCAGGAUGCCGGAUAGAUCUUUUCAACGAAAAUAGAGCGUGUCCCGGGCUAGGGAUGGACGUGUAAUAUUAAUCGUUUAUUCUGUUGGACAAUUACGUUCAUGCUACCCACAUACAAGUAUAACAUUUUAAAAGUAUAGUUUUGUAGUCUAAAGUUUCAAAAGUUUUAAUUCAAACCUCAAAUAAUUUAUUAAACAUCAAACAAAACUUUA